AUUAUAAAUAAUUUCCGCCAAUUUGCGCGGGCAAAAUAUUUUAUCAAAACCACGAUUAACCAAAACUUUAAUCAAUAAUUGUAUAACAAUAAAAGUCAAUUGCAGAAUAUAUUUUGUUGUAAACAUUCAAAAGAAAAACAAAAUCGUCGAGACGUCACAUCGCAAACAUAUUAACUCACUAAAUAUUAUUGAUUUUUUGCUUUAGUUGAAUAUUUUGCCCCUAUUAUACUUUAAAGAUUUUAUAAGCAAGCAGUGUAGUGUAAGGAGCUGGUAUAUCUUUGUUUAUGUUCAGUUUUUGUUCAUAUAUCGUGUGUUUAUUGUCAAAAUAAAUGGCUAAGCAAAUAGCUGAAGUGGAAAUCCAUGCGACGGAUACAGACAGCCGGGUAGAAGAUGAGAACCUGGAUGUCAGUGUGGACCUUAUUGACGACAACCUUUAUUUGGGUAAUUUGGCUUGUGCUCGAGAUGAGAAAUCCUUACAGAAGCUUCAGAUCUCUCACAUCCUCACUAUAGACCUGGUGCCACUGCCCAGGUCUAUACUGGACAGACUUAAUCUCACAUUUAAGUUCAUUAAACUAGCUGAUGUACCCAAAGAAGAUCUCAUCAGUCAACUACCAGAGACAAAUGAUUUUAUAAAACAAGCCAUAACUAAUGGAGGCAAUGUUUUAGUCCAUUGUUAUUUCGGUGUAUCAAGAUCAGCCGCAGUUGUGAUUGCAUAUAUAAUGGAGAAAUACGGCUUGUGCUAUGAAGAUGCCUUCACACUUGUGAAGAGUAAGCGAAGGUUUAUCGGACCCAAUGUUGGUUUUGUGGCGCAACUCAAAUUGUUUGGACAUAUGGGAUAUAGAAUUAAUAGAGAUGAUCCACGCUUUAAGCAGUUCAGGUUGAAAAUGGCAGGACAGAAAUUAAAACAAGUGAAAAUAAUUCCACAACUAUUCGCUGACCUUAUAAAACCUGACCCUGGGUUGGUCCGAGAGCGACCUGACCCUAUAGUAUACCGGUGUAAGAAGUGUCGACGUGUGGUGGCCAGUCAGAGCAACAUAAUACCGCAUUUACCCAAGCAAGUGAAAGUAGAACUGGCGAAAAAAGGUAUACGACCACCACCUAGUAAGCUGACAGGGUUGAACUGUGCGGAGAAUGGACAGUUACUGAUAGAGAAACUGAAGAAUUUGGCCUGUCAGAUCAUGGACCAGACGGUGGAGAGUGAAGAGUCCAGCGAUUCGAACUGUUCAGCGCAGAUGCAGGAUGCUGAUGAAGGCACCAGUCAGGUGCUGGACGGUUACACGGAGGGCAACAUGGUGGACAGCAGUAUCACGUGUCGCGGGGACGAGCGCAGCUGCCGGCUGGUGUGGUUCGUGGAGCCGAUGUCGUGGAUGCGCGGCGUGGGCAGCGAGCCGCACGGCAAGCUGCACUGCCCCAAGUGCCACAACAAGAUCGGCAGCUUCAGCUGGAUCAUGGGUUGCAAAUGUCCGUGCGGUCAGAAAGUGGCUCCAGCAUUUUAUUUAGUACCUUCGAAAGUGGAGUGGUCCAACAUAGUACAAAAUGUACAAAUCACUGUUUAAAGUCAUUUUAAAAGCUUUUUACAGAUUUUUCAUGGCUUAAAGUCAUUGCAACUAUGAAUUAUUUCUAAUCAUCUUUGUUAUAAUUCUCGUUGACAUGUUAAAAAAUAGUUAUAUUUUAAAA